CACCGUUGAUGACAUAAAAUUCUUCUGUCAACGUCAAAACUAAACAAAAUAAGAAGCUUUUUGGAUCAAACAAAGACCAUUUUUAAAAAAAAAAACGAUUGUAUGGGACAUUAUAAUUUCCUUAUUCGCUGUUAACUGUUAUUGUUUAAUUAAAAUCAACGGUACAGAAAUGUUACCUUUAGAGGUUUGAACUUUUCACACCUGGCCUGAACUUGUUUACACUGGAUACCUGAGUCUAUUGGAGUGAAAUCAUGGGCUUUCUCGACAAAUUAGCCAGACUGUUCGGUUUAAGGAACGAGGAGGCAAAUAUUUUAGUGGUUGGACUUGACAACAGUGGAAAGACAACUAUUCUGAACCAGAUGAAGGGCGAAGAUUCACGUGCAAUGGACAUUGUACCAACUAUUGGGUUUUCGGUAGAGAAGUUUAAGGCGAAAUCAUUGACAAUUACUGCAUUUGAUAUGUCAGGUCAAGGGAGAUAUCGAACCUUGUGGGAGCAGUAUUACAGAGACUGUCAAGGAAUCAUUUUUGUCAUUGACAGCAGCGACAAAAUCCGAAUGGUAGUAGCCAAGGAUGAACUUGAUAGUCUUAUGAAGCAUGGAGAACUUGCGCACAAGCGUGUGCCAAUUCUGUUCUUUGCAAACAAAUCUGAUUUGCGAGAUGCAGUGUCCAGUGUUAAGGUAUCAACACUGAUGAAGCUAGAAGAAAUUAGAGACAAGCCGUGGCAUAUAUGUGCCAGUAAUGGUUUAACAGGAGAAGGUUUACACGAAGGCAUUGAUUGGUUAACAGAACAAUUGAAAAGUUCAAUUUCUGCUAAGAAAAGGUGAUUGACAAAUGUAGAGCAAGCGAAGAGCAGUUUAAUACCAUCCAUUUAACAUAUCUGAUCUAUAACAACAUUCCAAGAAGAACAAUGAUUUGAAACAAUUGUUAAUUAGCUACAUCAUGACAUGUAUACAAGUCAUGUACAUUGUACUUGUUUUAAAAGUAAAAUUAUGUUUAACUUAAAUGUCUAUUAAUGUUUUAAUUUAAUUAACUUGCUAAGAAAUAUCAGCAUACAUAAACGUAACGAACAGACAAGAGUAAGUUUGUGUGAUAUUCAUUGUUAUAAAUGCCUUUUAGUUUCUUAAUGUUGUAUUCCGUCCACUUUGCAUCUGAUUCUGUGAAAUGUGUUGCUUUAUUUUACUGUAUGAAAAACAAGUGUUCCAGCAUGAUCUGUAUUACACAUUAUCACAAAAUGUUAUGAAGAGCGUAUUUCUUUUAAUAUUGGUACUUGUAUAUCUGUUGUGUCAUCUCAUUUGUGUUUAUUAUAUUAUUUACGAUCAUUCAUUCUCUUUUUGAUAUGAAUGUUGCGGGCUUAGCACAAAACUGUUGUGAUACUUUCUAUUUCUUUAUUAAGUAAUAAACUUUUUUCACUAAGCGCACAAUGUCUACUGUAUUAGCCUUUAAAAUUGAUGAAUAUAAUGUCUAAAUGAAGGAGUUAGUACUGAAACAUUUUAGCUGUAGGUAGGUCAAUGUAAUAAAGUAUUCAUUUUUUUCAAAGCAGUAGCUGGCUAUUUUCUUUUCUAGAUUAGUUUUGUAUCAAUACUGUUUAAAGUGCUAAUUAGUAAUAAUUUUGCAUAUAGCUUCUCAAAAAAUAAUACCAAAAAGAAUAAGUGUUAUCAUACUUUACUGAUUCUCAGAAAUCCAUGUAUAAAUAAGUCAAAUGAUUGUAAUUCUUAUGAGAUCUGUGUCUUUUUCUUACUGUUAAUUUAGACAAAAAAAAUCUGGAUCAUUGAUUUUUACUCAGUACAGAAUAAAAAAUUGUAAGAUAUAAGAAGUCUUUUUAUUUAUGC